CGUAACACAUUCCCAGGCACUGGCUAGCUAUCUGCGGCUAGCUUCUCUUGAAAUCCCAACGUUGAAGCCCCCUUGCUUUGGAUGGAAGCGGUCAGCAUCACCAGCGAGGUUCAUGACAAUGGAGAAGGUUUUACUGCUGUCACUGCUGCUGCUGAUGUUACACCGGGUUACAGCAGCUCCCAAAGGCGUCACUGCCAGCCUGAAAGCCAAGUGGAGCAUGACCCCCUACCUCCUGGAGACGAGCGAGUUUAUUGGAGAAGAUGGGAACGAAAAGUUCUGGCACUUUGUUGACACCGUAAAGGAACUCACUGUUUACAAGCAAGGAGAAACUGUGCGCUCCUAUUACAACUUGAUCAUCAAAAAGGCCGCCCAGUUCCUCACACAUCUUCAAGUGAAUCUCCUCAAAUUUGCUCUGGCCAUGCGGUCCUACUCCCCAGCUGUCCAUGCGUCUCAGCAGAUAGCCAGUGAUGAGCCUCCGCCUGAGGGCUGUCCUGCCUUUGUCUCGGUCCAUGGUCAACGCAGCUGCAGCACCAAGGACAUCAAGAAGCUCAUGAAGGCCGCAGCGGGCAGGCUAACCCCAUACUUGUACAAGAAUGAUCACACAUAUCCAGGACUCAAUAAAACGGACGUGCCUGUUGUGAUCCUCUACGCGGAAAUCGGAACCAAGAAGUUCAACUCGUUUCAUAAGGUGCUGUCAGAGAAGGCAGAGGAGGGCACGCUUGUGUAUGUCCUGCGGCAUUUUGUAGCGAAACCAAAGCCUCAGAAGGUGCUUUUAUCAGGGUAUGGUGUGGAGUUGGCCAUCAAAAGCACAGAAUACAAAGCUGUGGAUGACACCAAAGUUAAAGAUUCAAAGGCGGUUAUAAACACUGAGGACGACAGGAAUGAAGAAGUGCAAGGAUUUUUUUUUGGAACAUUAAAGAAAUCCCACCCAGAGCUCGAGGAGCAACUUGGUGAACUUCGGAAACAUCUCCUGGAAAGUACCAAUGACAUGGCUCCUCUCAAAGUGUGGGAAAUGCAAGAUUUAAGUUUCCAGGCUGCUGCGAGAAUCAUGUCGGUGCCAAAGUUCGAUGCUUUAAAGGUCAUGCGAGACCUCAGCCAAAACUUUCCAAGCAGAGCACGAUCACUGACAAGAGUGGCCGUAAAACAGGAAAUGAGAAAAGAAAUUGAGAAGAACCAAAAGCAUCUCGGUGAGACAAUGGGCAUUCAGCCGGGAGACGGGGAGCUCUUUAUAAACGGACUACAUAUUGAUCUAGACGUUCACAACCCUUUUAGCAUUUUAGACAUCCUCAGAGGAGAGGCCAAAGUCUUGGAGGGGCUUCAUAACUUGGGUAUUAAGGGAGAACAAAAGGCCAAGCUGCUCAGGUUACCCGUGAACACCGUGGAUGACAGCUAUGCCUUAGAUAUCCGACAUCCAGCUAUAAUGUGGAUGAACGACAUUGAAAAUGACCAGAUGUACCGCAGCUGGCCGGCAAGUGUGCAGGAGCUUCUCAGAGCCACCUUUCCUGGCGUCAUCCGACAGAUCAGACGUAAUUUCUUUAACCUGGUUCUGUUUUUAGAUCCAUUGCAGGAAGAAACUGUUGAGCUGGUGAAACUAGCGGAGCUUUUCUACAAGCAUAAAAUCCCUCUGAGAAUUGGAUUUGUGUUUGUUGUGAACACCAAAGAUGAGAUUGAUGGCUUCUCAGAUGCAGGUGUUGGUUUUUACCGGCUGCUGAAUUACAUCGCAGACGAGUAUGAUUUAUCCCAGUCUGUGAUGUCUAUAGUCUCACUGUACAAUAAAGUAGAUGUGUGGGAAGGAUUAUCUGCUGAUACGAUAUCUGCUUACCUGAAGAGGCAAUACCCAAAAGCUGACCAAGAAAGGAUUCUGGGAGCAGAUUCUGAAUAUGAUUAUAAACGAAAGGAUGGUGCUCUCUUCUACAGGAAGAGUGGGCUGGGUGCUCUGCCUGUUGCGCUAUUUAAUGGAGUUCCACUAAACCCAGACGAGAUGGACCCAGAAGAGCUGGAGACCAUAAUCCUGCAGCGCAUAAUGGACACCACUGCUGGCUUUCAGAGAGCCGUCUUUAUGGGUCAGUUAACAGAAGGCUCCAAUGUGGUGGACUAUAUAAUGGAGCAGGCUAAUGUGGUUCCCAGGAUGAAUCCACUCAUUUUAAGCACUGACCGAAAAUACCUGGACUUGACCGGGACACCAGUUGUGAAUGAGUGGGAGGACACAACUAUGUUUUCAUACUUGGAAUCUAAGGACAAAACAGCUGUGAUUGCUAAAAGGAUUAAGUAUUUCACAAAUAGCGAUGAGGAUGGGCUGACUGCUGUGACCAUGUGGGUAGUUGCAGAUUUUGAGAAGGUUUCAGGACGAAAGCUGCUGCUUAAUGCUUUGAAACAUCUGAAGUCCAGUCCAGGCUUGCGUGUAGGGGUGAUAGAUAACCCCAGUGGAAAGCUCAGCGAAGAUAACACUGUGCUGUACAGAGCUGUCUGGGCCUCGCUCCUCACCCAGAAGAAUAAGGCUGCAGCAGAGUUUGCACAGAAACUCCUAAAAGAGGAGAGCAACCAGCUCCUCCAGCAGGGAACUAAGAUCAAGGACUUGGGGAUGCAGGGCAUGGACCUAGAUGCCUUUGAGAAAAAGUUCAACACGCUAGAAGUUGAUUUCAUCCGCAGUCAGCAGAUGUUCUGUCAAGAUGUCCUGCAGCUCCGUCCUGGACAGCGGGCAGUGAUCAGCAAUGGCAGAAUCCUCGGUCCGCUCGAAGAGCAAGAAGAAUUCACUGUGGAGGAUUUCCACUUGCUUGAGAAGAUUACACUGAGUGGUUCAGCAGAGAAAGUCAAAGCCAAAGUAAAACAGAUGGGGAUGAAACCAAAGCAAGCUAGUGACUUGGUCAUGAAAGUUGAUGCCCUGCUCUCUGCAGCCCCUAAAGGAGAGGUCAGAAGAGAUGUUAGUCUUAAAGAUACCCAAAGUGUGCUCCAGCUUUCACCACGUGAAAAUGAGGUAUUCUAUGAUGUCGUGGCCAUCGUCGAUCCCCUCACUAGAGAAGCGCAGAAGAUUUCCUCGCUCCUGAUUGUGCUUAGUCAAGUGGUCAAUGUGAAACUGCAGGUGUUUAUGAAUUGCAGGGCCAAGUUGUCUGAGUUGCCCCUCAAGAGUUUUUACCGAUUUGUUUUGGAGCCCGACGUGGCUUUCUUGGCCAACGACACGGCGUCUCCGGGGCCAGUGGCCCGCUUCACGGAGCUCCCAGAAUCUCUCCUCCUUACCCUUAACAUGAUCACACCGGAGAGCUGGAUGGUGCAGGCAGACCACAGCCUCCACGACCUGGACAACAUCCACUUGCAGGAGGUCAAUGGGGUUGUGGCAGCAGAAUUUGAACUGGAACACCUUUUACUGGAGGGCCACUGCUUUGACCUAUCAACCGGCCAGCCACCUCGCGGACUACAGUUUACCCUGGGCAUGAGUCAGGAACCGCUCAUGUAUGACACCAUUGUCAUGGCUAAUCUGGGAUAUUUCCAGCUGAAGGCCAAUCCAGGAGCCUGGAUCCUAAGGUUACGUAAAGGAAGAUCCGAGGACAUCUAUCAGAUUGUCACGCAUGAUGGAACUGAUUCCCCGCCUGAUGCUGAGGAUGUUAUAGUUGUGCUUAACAGCUUCCACAGUAAGAUCAUCAAAGUUAGGGUGCAAAAGAAAGCGGAGAAGAUUAAUGAAGACCUUUUGAGUGAAACUAGUGAAAGCAAAGGCAUUUGGGACUCCAUAGUAAGUGUUUGGAGCACUUUUGAGAAAAGCAUCACAGGUGGUGGCUCAAAGAAGGAUGAAGGAGAGAAGAAAAAGGAAGAUAUUCUUAAUAUAUUUUCUGUGGCCUCCGGUCAUCUCUACGAGCGAUUUCUGAGAAUAAUGAUGCUGUCUGUUCUCCGGCACACACACACACCUGUCAAGUUCUGGUUCCUUAAAAACUACCUCUCACCUUCUUUCAAGGAGACCAUCGCUCACAUGGCCAAGUCGUACGGCUUUCAGUACGAGUUAGUGCAGUACAAGUGGCCCCGCUGGCUCCACCAGCAGACGGAGAAGCAGCGGAUCAUCUGGGGAUACAAGAUCCUCUUCCUGGACGUUCUCUUCCCUCUAGCUGUGGACAAGAUCAUAUUUGUGGACGCCGACCAGAUAGUUCGGGCUGAUCUGAAAGAGUUGAGGGACCUGGACUUAGAGGGAGCUCCUUAUGGCUACACGCCGUUUUGUGACAGCCGCAGAGAAAUGGAGGGGUAUCGCUUUUGGAAGAGCGGGUACUGGGCCUCGCAUCUUGGACAAAGGAAAUAUCACAUCAGUGCUCUAUACGUGGUGGAUUUAAAGAAGUUCCGUAAAAUCGCAGCUGGAGACAGAUUACGGGGUCAGUACCAGGCUUUGAGCCAAGACCCGAACAGCCUGUCAAACCUGGACCAGGACCUUCCUAAUAACAUGAUCCAUCAGGUGGCCAUCAAGUCUCUUCCUCAGGAGUGGCUGUGGUGUGAGACGUGGUGUGAUGAUGCCUCCAAAGUUACAGCUAAGACCAUCGACCUGUGUAAUAAUCCGAAGACCAAGGAGCCCAAGCUGAUGGCUGCGGCGAGGAUCGUGCCUGAGUGGGUAGAAUAUGACGAGGAGAUAAAAAAGCUGCUGAGGCAAGUCCAGGAGCAGACGCCCACGCCCUCGCUCCAUAAAAAAGAGAACCGGCGAGAUGAACUUUAGCGUCUGCCAGAAGCCUGGUGAAGAGGAAGCAGGCAGCACCUUUUUGCACGCAGGCCACCUGUGAAGCUUGAAGACAGACAGUUCCAGCUAAACAUAGCUGUGGAGUGUUACAUCCCCAGCCGGAUGAAGAGGAUGUGAUAUUUUCAGAGAUGCCAUAUCUGCUUCAGAAGUCAGUAAAAAAAAUCUCACAAACUCUGCACAGGAUUAAAUCGUUAAAGGGCAGCCAGGAGCCCGUGGCUUGAAGCUCCACAGUCCCAUUAUUGGAGCAUCACGGAAACAGUCCGAUGGUUCAAAGCACUACAUGUUUGUUUUUUUUAAGAGAAAUAUUUGGCAUAUGUUGCACUGCUCAGGUAGAGAAGGCACGUUUCUAAAUGCCUAUCAGUAUUUAAGAUUCUAAUAAACACAGCUAUGUUUUCUUAUUGUUAAUUUGACCGUCUGAACCGAGUGAAGAUGACUCCGCCUUCGUCUGUCGUGCCAAACCAAAGUCGACUGUUAUUAGAUUUCACACAAACUGCAUUAUAGUCAGCCAGCCUUUUGUUAAGCCCCACCCGCCUAUGAUAACUGAUCACUCCUCACUUGGCAGCUCUAACACACAAAAUGUAGCAGCAGUUCUCAUCUUCAUGUUCCCCGCAUGUCUGUUGUCAUCUAGCAGUCCCUGACCCACAUUGCUUACAGCAGGGCUAAGUGUCUGUUCAGGCCCUCCAUGGCUUCCACUGACAGCCGGAGACCAGAGCAGGUGGUGAGGAUUUAAAAGGUGAAUCUUCAAGACGGAGGAAUGGAAAUCCUUUUUUUAAAAACCUCGAUAUCAUCGUUUAGAACAGGGGUUCCCAAACUGUCCAGCCUGCGAUCCCCUUUUGUGCCGUAGUUUUAUAAGAGCUCUUGUUAAAAAGGCAUAGUAGUUUUCCCCCUGUGGUAAAAUAGCGACUAUUGAGCAUUUUGUAAAGUUAUGUUUUGGUAUCGGUUUUACAAAUAAGAAAAAAAAAUCAUUUCAGCACAUCAGCAUCAGAUUAUUAUUAGAGUCAGGACUUUGAAACAUUUGUGCCAACGACUGUGUGACUUAUUACAACGUUGUUCUUGUAAUAUUGACUUUAUUGUUGUAAUGUUUAUUCAUGUACAACCUAAUAUUAUGAAUCAACUCUCAUAAUUUACACAGAAAAAAAAUCAGAUUAGGGCCAUCAUAGAUUAAAGAAAUAAAUUAUUGGCUGUGGAGGAGUACAUUUCCACAAAUGGAACUAAAAGAAAUUAAGAUUUGACAUAUUUCCAAGAAAAAAAAUCCAUUUCUUUUUUCUUGAUGACGUAAAGUCUGAAAUAUUCCAAAAAAAAAAAAGGUAUAAUUUUCCAUGAUUAAAAGCAUGCAUUUGGGAUCCCCUGGUGUAGACAAUAGGAAAGGGAAUAAAGUCUUGAAAAAUCCCCUUUUUUUUCCCUCCACACUGCAUCUCCGUUUACAAAAGCUGAAAAAUACUUCGAUCCAGUUCCACUCUUUUCUCCAUUUCUAGAGACGGUGUAGGAAUCCUGGACUACAAUCAAUGAGAAACCAGAGAAGGUUUAGAGAACGGCUGAAACCAACUCUGCCUGUAAACGUUACUAUUUGUGGGCGACAUGAUGAGAUGUUACUCUAAAAGUCUGGCAUCAGUGCAGGGACUGUUAAAUUAAGUUCUGUUUAAUACUGUAAAUCCCCCGACCUUGUCACUAAUGUUCAAGGUCGUCCAGUCUGAACACGCAGCUCUGCCAAAGGUGUUCAUGUACACUUCAGCACAGAUUUGUGUCAAAUCUUUUAACUAAAAUUCCUGGAACACAGUGUAGGCAUGUCUUUAGAUAAAUCCAAAAAAAAUUAAAAUAAAAAAAUCAGUUUGGAGGUAUUUAAAUACCCAGUUUUUCUUACAGCUGGUAAUGUGUUAGUUUUAGCGGUGUUGUAUGCCGAGUUUGUGCUGCGAGGGAAAACUGAAGCGUUUACAUGGAGGGUUCAACGUCCGCUCACAGAACCAAGAAUCCCGAAGUCAUGUUUUUCUGGCUCGCAUUUACAGUUUUUAACUCAUGUUUGUGUGAAUUACUUUUCCAUCAUUUGACUUCUUAUAGGAUCCAGUGAUUUUGUCUCAGGAAUCAGAAGAGUAUUGCUGCUCAAAUUAAGCCAAAAUGUUGUUUUUACCGAUUUGUGUUUAAAAAAAAAAAAAAAAAAAAAACGGGUGCAGGCAGGCUGCCUUCAUGACACCUCUGUUUUGUUCUUUAUGUAAAAAAAAAAAAAAAAAACGGGUAAAAAUAAAUAAACCUUUUUACUGUC